CUGAUAGGGGGCGAGACGAUGAGAACCGUGAUGCGGGAGGCGAGAGUGUGGCGGUGAAAUUUGACAUUUUAACCAUGAAUUGUUUUCUUUUUCUAUAAACGCGGAGUUUUGGUUUCUGCGGAGGUCUGCGGGAGCAGCUCGGCGGGACGAACGGAGCCAGCAGAAGCUUUUUUCGGCUGUUUUUCCGGCGGAGCGGGGGCUCCCUGGUAACCGUUAGAGAUUUUUUUUUUCUUCAGCCAGAAUGCCGCGAGACAACAAAUGUGCUCUGAUCCAGAACAUAGCGAAGCAGGCCUCCUUGGCGUUCACAGACUGCAGGGCUGCGGGCGGCGGCGUAGCGGCGGAUCGGCUCCAUGAACUCAUCUCCUUGGUCACCUCCGUCCGGGCCAAAGACCUCAAGAUCAUUCCGCCGAAAAGCAAGCCGAGCUCCGGAGCUGCUGCCUCUCUCGGCCCCCCGGUCACCUACAUGCACAUCUGCGAGACGGAGGUGUUCAGCAUGGGGGUGUUCCUGCUGAAGGCCGGGACCUCCAUCCCGCUGCACGACCACCCGGGGAUGAACGGGAUGAUCAAGGUUCUCUACGGAAAAAUAAAGGUCAGAUGUUUCGAUAAGAUGGAGAACAGCCUGACGGCGGUCCCUCAGUUCGACCCCCCCCCGGCCCCGCUGCAGGCGGCCGCGCUGUGGCGCUCCGUGCUUCGCUCCGUCGCUCAGUACGCUGAGGACAGCGGGCCGUGUCUCCUCACUCCUGUAAGGGACAACCUCCACCAGAUCGACGCGGUGGACGGGCCGGCCGCCUUCCUGGACAUCCUGGCGCCGCCGUACAGCCCGGACGACGGCCGGGACUGUCACUAUUACAAAGUGCUGCAGAGCGUGGCGGAGCCGGGAACGGGCGCCAAGGUGGACCAGGAGCAGCUGGGAGAGACGGAGGAGAACGAGGGCUGGCUUCUGGAAAUCCCACAGCCGGAGGACUUCUGGUGCGGCGGCGAAGCGUACCCCGGCCCUGUGGUGUCACUCUGAGCGGCGCCUUCUGUUGGGCCGGCUGAUAUCAGAGGACCGAUGCUCCUGAACGCUGCGGCCGCCUUCUAGUUGUUUUAUCUGCCGAACGAUCAUCAUUAGAAACUAGCAGAGUACCUCCACAUGGUGAUGCCUUCAUGCCAAAGCUCCUUCCUGCCUUAUUUGUGAAUAUUUGUACACCUGAACGCACCCCUUCCUGCCUCCUAAGUGCCCACACUACAUGGUAGAAACGCUUCCUCCUCCUGAAGCUUUAAACGUCUUCAGAGAUGAAACUUCCUGAUGCUUCCAGGUUCGUCUGAGAACAGAAAAAGCUGCUUUUUGUGAUGUUUGAUUUCCUCUUAUUGUGACACGGUCCGGUUCCAGGUCCACUCAGAGUGCUGUGUUACACGCUAUGAUGGCGUGAAAUCCCCAUCAGCAUCACUCCUGCCCUAACCUCUACCGUGCCUUCCUGUGUGCCCACGCUGUUUGCAGUAACGGCUGUUUUCCUGCGGAAUAAAUCUGCCAAAGAUGGUGGACCUUCAGCGCUGCUCGGUUUGUGGGUCGCCUUGGAAACCGCCGGGGCUAAAAUGGAAGCUAAGCUGGUUACUGACGUCUGGAUCCCAAUCCGUUCCUAACAGACCCACUGAGGUCCCACCCACUGUUUCAUCUCUACGUGUCAUCAUUUUAUUAUUUAACUGUUUAGUUCAUUAUUCUAAAUGUUGUUUGAAAUAUUUCACAGAAAGUUUCAUUAUUGAACUCUUCAUGUUACAAUUUAAAUGUCUAUUUUAAAAUCUGAAUCAUCUUUUACGUAAAUAAAUAAAUGUUCUUGUUAUGGUAAAUUUA